UUAUGUGAAUGGGAUUGACGACAUAUUUUAUUUGAAUUACAGAUUUUUUGUUAAAAAGCUAGCUGGAAAGGCUUUUUAAAGAAAAUGUAUAGUUCGAAUGCAAUAGGCUCCUGUCCACAAGAAUGGUGCAACUGCUCCCGCUGUUGCUUCCUUAGGCAAAAGUCUUAUGCACAUCGAAUGGCAAGCCACACGGACAAUUCCUCUAAAAACGGACAGAUGUCUUCUAAAAAGACGACGAAAUGUUACUGUAGAGCAACACGAACAUUAACUGUUUUUCCGAUUAAAUGUAAUGAUUUAUCCAAUUCUAAGGAGUCUAACGCAAUGAAAUGUACGAAUAUUUGCACUAAAAGUAUAGUCCAUAAAUCAUCUGAAUCUCCGUGUAAAAAUCAAUCUGUUGAUAUUAAAAUUGAAAACUCGAGAGAGAUGGAAUAUCAAAGUAUCGCUUUGAACGCGGCAUCAGCGGAGCCCGCCCUACCUCUAACAGUUCCCAGCGAAAACUUAGUGGAGGAUGCUGUAAGAAUAGGAUCUGUGUCGUCACGUUUAACAGCUCUAAACGAAGAAAAAGUGGAGACCGUUACGAGCAUAAGGAGUAUGUCGGCACCACCGAUAGAUCUAACAAAUGGGGCCGCUUUAAGAAUAGGGUCUAAGUCGUCUGGGCUAACAGAACCAAACGGAGAGGUGGUGCAGGCCGGCUCGAAAAAGGGGUCGUCGAAGUCGUCCGGUCUAACAGUUCCCAACGGAGAAAUAUUUCCCAUAUCAAGAAUGCAGUCCAAGACGUCAGAGCCAGUAGAAUCUACAAAAGGAUCAGAGGAAGUCGCUUCAAGAAUGGGGUCUAAGUCGUCUGAUCCAACAACGCUUAACGGAGAGUUGGUGAAAGGCGCUUCGUAUUAUGUUACAGCUUCAGAAGGGUUAAUAGAGAUUGAUUCAGAAAUUGGUUCAAAGUUGACAGCUCUAAAGGCUCUUGGUGAUAAACCAGAGAAGACCGAUUCGGUAAUUCGGUGUAAGUCGUCACCAACAAAAGCUUGCCAUGGAAAAAUAGUGGAGACAGCUGCGGGAACGUUCUCGUGUUCGUCACCGCCAAGAGAGUCUACUAAAGGAUCAGCUGAGGUAGCAUCGAGAACGUACUCGCAGUCGUCACCUCUAAUAAUUCCUAAAGAACGACGAGCAGACACUAACUCAGCAAACGGAAGUAGGUUGAUUCCUUCAGCAACUUCCAACAGAAAGUCGGUAGAGGUCAAUUCCAAAAGUGGCUGUAAAGCGUUGCCGCUGUCCAACAGAUGUUUCUGUUCGGCACCUCGCAAAGGUAGAUUGGAGACAUCUGACAAAAAAUCAAGAAGCGAUGCAAAGCCGCUAUUUAACAGUCGAUCGAACGCUUUGGAGUACUUGAGAAGAUCUACCCGAGAGCCUCCAACAAUGGCAACACAAAAACCAAUCAAAUUAAUCAAUAAUAAUAAUAAUAAUAAUAAGCCUACAGCAUUUGGCAAUAAUUUGAAACUUUUCGAAGAUCUAAAGCGCUAUUUAAAUGAGAAAUGUUUUUGUGGGUUUCCUUUCAACUCCAAGUCAUUAAAGCAACCACAAAAAUCCGAAGAAAUCAAGCCAAAACACAAUAAAUCGAAGAGUGAGCAGCUGGCGAAGAUUAAACCCAAGACGAAGCCCAAGAAACUGAAGAAGAAAGCUCCUCAGUCUCUUCCCCCUUCUGUGCCGACUAACGAGCCACCUGCAAAGCCGAGUCCGAUGACUGAUAUGUGCUUUGAAUGCAAUGUGCCUGUGAGAGUUUGCAUCCCCAUUUCGAAAUGUAUUGAAUGUUUUUGUAACAUGGGUACGAAGUUUUUCGCAACAAGCGAUAUGACGAAGCUACAGCCUGAUCAAUGUGCCGGGGCCUUGGUUAAGGCAGCUGACCACAUGUCCUCUCCUGCACCAUCGAUUGAGUCGGCUUGCAAAUUGUGCAUCACAUUGUGUCCGGUGGGAUGCUGCCCACUUACUAUGCCGCUUGGAGGUACAACUCCUGCUACACCGCCUCCUGCUGCUGCAGACCCAUCUCCAGACCCAACUAGUCUUGCAAUGAAGGAGAAGCCCAAGUCGACUGUGUCAGAGAAAGCCUUGAAGAAAAAGAAAAAAGUAGUGAAACCUCUGGAAUUACCAAGGCAACCAAGGAAAAUACCAAAUCAACCGAAUGAGUUCAGAAGGCAACCGAAGGAAUUUGUAAGGCCACCGAAGGAAUUUCCAACGCAGUAUGGAACUUGCAGCUAUUGUAGAAAGGCCCCACAAAAGAAUCAGAAUUAUUGGAACUCAGACAAUGAUGAAAACAUAUCCAGUAUAUUGGACUUAAAGAAAACUACUGAUCGAACUCCACCAAACUCUGUUGUAACAAUGGCAUCCAAAAUAAAAAGUCAAGAAAUGAUUCAGUCCGAUAACUCAAACUUAGACAGUAAUAAUAAAAAGUAUACUUGGCCAAUCCCAGUUCCUGCAACUCUGAGUAAGAAAACGAACAAAAGCCAGCAGAUGAAGACAAUAUCAUCGUCAUACAUAGAAGAAGAAUCAUCGCAUGAUGCAUUAUCUGAGGUAAAGAUAGCAACCAAUCGAGAGCUAUUAACUUCUGAGCAGAUAGCUGAUCCUCCAUGUGUUGGAGCUCGCAUAAAGCUAUCAAGCUGUGAAGGGAUAACAGAUCCUUCAUGUGGUGGAAGUUCUGAGCAGAUAACAGAUCUGUCAUUCGGUGGACCUCAAAAUCAAAGAAGCCCCAGUAAACUUUCUCAAGAGAACCCCAAAAAUAAUAGUUUCUCAUCAUUCCAAGGCUCACAAGCAAGCUCACUCAAAUCUGAAGCUCUUAAGGACCUAUUGACUUCCAUUAAAGAACCAAUAAUAAAUAAUGUUGAUGCCAAUGAGAAAUCGAGCAGAAACAAGACAAAUAACCAGAAGCAAUCCGAGGAGUCAGAGAAACUUGUCGCUCAGCUGGUUCGCAGGUGCAACUCGCAAUGUGAAAAAACAUUCUUAGCUACUCAAGAGAUUUUGAAACGUAUCAACGAUGUAGGCAAUAGUCGCAUUGUUGACACAGAUAAGUCAAAGAAUUUUAUAUAUGGCGAGAGGAAAAAGGAAGAGAUUGCAGAUAGGUCAAGUGUGGAUAAAGCAGCUAAUAAGUCAAUGAGCCAAAUAUCCCUGCAAUGCCAUUCAUCAUGCCAGACAAAUGAUGAAGCUGAUCUGUAUUCGUUGAACAGCGAAUGUAGAAAAUGCCAUCUCGUGAAAAAUUCGUUGAAUCUUAAGCUCUCUCGCUUGAAGCAGGACAGUAGUGAAUAUCCUCCCACUUUGGUAGAAUAUAAUGUGGAGGCAAUUACACGUUGCCCCAGCAAGGCGGACGUUGACUCCAAGGCGAGCUUGAUGUGUGAUCUUCAAGACUUGAAUGAAUCGAAUAUAGAAGAAAUGAUGCAAGACAUGAAAAAAUGUUGCAAUCAGACGCAGUCAAAUUCGAAACUUCCGCUGUUACUUUUGCCUUUUCCGCUGAACGGAGAAACAGAUGGAAACAUGGGCACCAUUUGUCAACCAGAUGAAUGGCAAGAGAUUGAUGAAAGCCAGUUACCAAGUAUUUUAAACAGCGUCAGUCAACGGCCGUCAGAGUGUUUGGAUAAUUCAAGCAAUGGUCCAGAGGCUGAUAAAUCAAAUUUUAAUAAGCAGAAUGAUCCGUCUAUUGGUGUCGAUAAGGAGAACGACAUUCAAACAUCCUUCAAUGCAAGUGAAGCUCUGACAGAAGCUGAUCAGGCCUCAGUCAAGUAUGAAUCCACUAUAACCACAGGUUCAAAGGAUGUCAUAAAUCAGAUGAGAUCAACUGAAGUCGAUAAGCAGAACGACUCUCAAACAUCAUUAAAUACGAGAGAGGCUUUAGCAAAAGCAGAUCAGGUUUCAGCCAAGUAUGAUUCCACUAUAACCAUAGCAUCGACUAAAGUCGAUAAGGAAAGCGACUAUCAAAUUUCGCUAAGUGCCAGUGAGGCUUUUGCAAAAGCAAAUCAGGCUUCAGCCAAGUAUGAAUCAACUAGAAAGACAGGUUCAAAGGGCGCCAGAAAUCAGAUGGGAUCACAAAACAGUUCAGUGACCCCAAUUAGUUAUAAUUCUCGUCAAACAUUCCCCAAGAACAGAUGUUUAGAUAAUAUCCAAACUACGAGAAAUUGCUAUUCCCAAACUGAUGACAAACAAGCAAUUCAAUCGCAAAAAGAUCGUAAUGCAUCCAAAGUGCCUGGGAAACGGGAGUUAUUGCCAAAUAAAACCCGUUAUGAUGCUGCUGAGAGACGUUCAGAUCACAGAAAACCUUUUGGAGAAAGGGACAAUCAAAGAAAUCAAGCCGUUGCAAGGGAUAAAGAUGUCGUCGUGCUUAUGAACGAGCGUAAAUUGCGAAGGACAAGCAGAGGCGUCACGGACAUUGACGAACUGAAAUCAAACAUCGAGUGUCCACAGUGCCGCAGGAAGCUUGUUGCAGAAGCUGAUUGUAAUUUCAAUGAUAGAAGAAGAGAACGACCGCAAAUGUUGCAGCAGGAGCAACAGCUGAGACGGUUGCCGCAGGCUCAGCAGCGCCAGCGGGGCAACGCCAAUGGCUAUGCAACAUUGGAACAAUGUUAUCAACAGCUGCAAGCUGAUUAUGGGCCGCAACAACAAUUUCGGAGGAUGAUGCCACAGCCAGUCCAUCCGCCCGACAUGCAACGUAACGGAGUUGCUAGAAAUAUUACAGACUCCUUCUAUCGGGGCACUUUGUACAAAUAUGGCGUGCCGUGCAUGCCCAGACAAUUCUCCAACUGAAAUUAGGUAAUAAAUUGUAGACAACAGAA